CCAUGAGUAACCAUCUGCCGGACGGGUGGACGGAGUACAGUAAUGUUGGAAAGCGGAUUCCUGGAACACGUUUCAUUGCUUUUAAGGUUCCCUUGAAAAAAGUGUUUGAUACCAGGCUGGCACCUUUGCAGAGGUUUUCAACGACCGAACUUAUCAGUGAAAUUGAGAAGCAAAAAGAAGAGCUUGGAUUUGUUGUGGAUCUGACGUGUACCAAACGCUACUAUUCCCCACAGGAGCUGCCUGCAACAGUACAGUACGCAAAAAUCUUCACAGCUGGACGUCAACUGCCUACCGAUGAAGUCAUCUAUGAGUUUAAAAGCACAGUAAAGCAGUUUCUGAGUGAGAAUGCUGACAAUGAGAAACUCAUUGGUGUUCACUGUACACAUGGUUUGAACCGGACAGGAUAUUUGGUGUGCAGGUAUAUGAUCGAUGUUCUUGAUAUGGUGCCAUCUGAAGCUAUAGAAAAGUUCAACAAAAGCCGUGGACACUGCAUAGAACGGGAGAACUAUCUUGCUGACCUCUUGCAGGGGAAACCUAGGAGGUAA